AUUGUGCGCUUUUUUUAAACUGAGACGUUACUAGUCUCCCAAGUAGUGUAGUGCGUGCAUCUGUUCGUCAUAGAACCCUCAAUACUUUAGCAUUUUCUUAUAAUUUACACAUGAUUAAUAUUUUCCCACUUGUAUUAGUAUUUUAAAUUAAUGGAAACUGCAAACGUUAACUUAUGGCCCUGAUCAAUUCUAAUAAACCGGAUAGGGAUGGAAGCUUAACUGGAUCCAUCGUACGUCGUUUACAUUCACCCUCUCAAUCUUCCGUGUCUAGUGAAGAACUCCUCGUUUGGUCUAAAGAAGGAAAUGAUUAUGACUGGGAGUUAUUUCCCAUCUCACCACCACUUGAUGAAUUAUCGCGUAUACAAAGUUCAUCAAAUGUCGCAUGUGACAGUAGUUUUACUCCAGUUACGUACAACAAUUUAAAUGAUGUUAAUAAUGGUAGCAAAAGUAUUACCAUCACUGAAAGUAACUUUAGUAACAGUAACAGUAGUAGUGAUACAACUAUAUAUGCAUACAAUCAUAAUUCCGUUACUGAUCAAUUGUCCACAUCAUUUUUAACAUUAGAAUCUUGUUCACAUUAUAUGAAUGGUUCAUCAAUUCAACCUCAAUUAAUAAAUUCUGCUAAAACUGAUAUGAUAGAAACAACACUUAAUGAACUGGUUCCUUCAUCAUCUUUUUCAAGAACAUUGUCAUCAUCGUCCAAAAAAGUAACCAAUCAUUCCUUCUCAUUUAAUAAUUUAUAUGACCAAAUAAACGUGAAUACGUUAGCAGAUGAUUUUAUUGAUUUAGACAUUAAAACUAUUCCUACUACUUCAAGUUGUUCAUUGACAACUUCUUAUCAUCCAGAUUUUGAUUAUGUAGGUUUUCCAGAAUCACCUAUUCAAUCUUUACGAAAUUCAACUUCUAAUAAAAAAUCACAGCUUUUAAAUUCAUUUAUUUCUAACAAUGGUAUAAAUAUACAAAAAUCAAGUGUUGUAUCUCAAUCACCAGAGACAGAAAUUAAUCGACAAACAUCAUUAAAUCCACACUUUUGUCAUAUCUUGUCAUCUGUCAGCGAAAUGCCCACCACAAAAAUUAUUGUUGGCUACAAUAACGAUGAUGGUAACAAUAAUGAUGAUUCAUUCACAAAUUAUACAGAUUAUAGAUGUAAUCAAAAUAGUUAUAAUAAGAAUAACAACAGUAAAUCAUUCCAUUGUCAAUCGUCUGAACUCAUAGAUCAUUUAUUAUCAUCAGACAAUGAAUCAAGUGAAGAACUACCUGGUUAUUCAUUUCUGUCAUCGUCGUCUGCAUCAUCGUGUAUACAUAUACCGUCAAAGUGCAAUGACGAUAAUCAUAAUGGUAAUAAUAGCUGUCAUGAUAAUCACAUGGAAAAUAAUACAUCAAUAAAUACUAUACAUGAGAUAGUAAAUAAUGAAGAAAACGCUAAUAACUGUCAUCAUAAAUAUAAAAAUCGUCAAUAUCAACGUCAAGACAAUGGAUUAAUGUCACUGACAUCAUGUAAUUCUAUUCCAAUUCCAUUUAUGCUUAUUCCUACAAGUGAAUUAGCUUCAGGUGGUUCACUUACAUGUACAGUUGUUAAUAUCUUGCGUUGUUUAGGUUUAUUGGAUCGUUGUGGUGUUGAAGAUUUAUGCGCAAUAUUAUAUGAUUUCUGGAAUAAUAAUUGUCAUGCUCCAUUUCAUUCUUUUUUAAAAUCACAUGUUAUAUAUCCAACGUGUUGGGAAUUAUCACGUACGGAAGAAUCAGUGGUAACACGAUCAUCCUCUUUUACUUCAUGCACUUUAGUUGAUUCACGGCGAUCAACAGUACCUGGUGAGGAUUAUGAAAGAAAUUAUCAAAUGUUAAUAAAUUGUCGUGAAAGUAAACCGUUAAAUGGGAGUUGUUUGGUUAGUUAUUUACUAUCAUGCAGUUAUAUGGGUACAAGUUUUCUUGCUUCACACUCAAUAUAUAAUUUGAAUAAUUUAUCUUCACCUUGUUGUCUACGUCCAUCAACAAGUUGCUGUUAUUUUGUUAUGGAUAGAACUAAUCAAAUUUUGCCUUAUAAUACACCGGAAAUUUAUCAUCCUAAUUUAAUUCAACCAAUUUCUAAUUCAAAUAUGAAUUGGCGUAGAGGUUGUUCUGAUAAUCUUGUUCUUAUGCUUACUCAUCAUAGUCCUGGUUCUAAAAAUUCGUCUUCAGUUGUGGAUAAGCUUCUUACAGGACGCUUCUUUCCUGGACCUACUUCUUGGCGUUCCGUAUGGCCUUUUAUUCCUAAAAACAAUCCGAAAUAUUUCAACUGUACUAAACCUAAGAGUAAUAUGUCUGAUUCUCUCGCGCUAUGGUUUUCUGCAUGGCUUUAUUGUGGAGCAAUACCUGUACUAGCCCAAUUAUGUGAUUCAGCCUAUUCAAAUGCACAGUAUUUCCCUCCUGACAUCUCACAACCAAGUUGUAAUUCUUCAAGAUAUUCAGCACAAGAACUUGUUUGGUCCCACCGUCUUGUGUAUGGUGUCACGGAAAAUAAUGAGGUUUACCUUACAAAUCCAAACGAACUAGUCCCUGUCCAAUAUGUCUUGGAUCAAUUAUCUAAGAAACCUGAAAUCCGUAUCUCUAAAGCACAAAUUUCCAAUUUAUGGACAAAGCAUUAUUUACAUUCAAAAUUAUGCCCUGACAGAGAUCAAAUUAUAGAAGAUAAGCAAAAUAUUUUUUGUAAAUCAACAUUUUUCACUGGUGAAAGUCUUACUUUACUUGCGAGACACCCGGAUCCUAGAUGGGCUUCUAUGAAUAUAAUGGGACAAGUAUUGUGUGCUUUGCGCAGUUUGGAGCGUUGGGCUGAUACUCUAGAAAUAUCAACCGUGGUAUCGUUAGAUUGUGUAAACCACCAAUCAGCGUUAUUUCCUGAUACAACUCCAUCUAUCAGUUGUAGUCGUACAAACUCUACAGAGGUGGAACAAUUUUCAAAUUCUCCAGCUAUUAUCAUUCCAUCAGCUCAAUUGCCUGGAAUUAGUCUUUUUGUCGAAAAAUCCAAUUGGGAACUAGUUCGUACAUUAUUACAAACUAAAUGCGUAGAAUAAAUGUCGCAAACAUUAUGAUUUCAUUUGAUUUAGUGAAAAUUGCCAUGCAUUUCAUUUAGAGUUCAUCAAUUCCUGCUUGUGAUCAUUAUAAACCUCUCGUAAAGAUACGCUAGCUUGUACAUAUAAAUUUUUCUUUUUCAACAUUUUGACUGCAGUCAAUCAAUGCUGAUCACUGGUUUAUUAUUAACUGCUUUCAAUAUAUUUUAAAUAUUUUUCCACUUUUUAUUUUAGAUAAUCUUGCAGGGUCAUUCUGUACCUUUAAAGCUACAACUGG